AGUUCACCUGUUGGUUGAGGCUGACUGAGGUCACACCUGAACAGCUGAUCUUUCUGCUCCUGUUGGAGGAAAAUACAUCUUUUAUUUUGUCCACAAAAAGAACAAAAGCAACUUCUGCACACAAUGCAACUUUGAUUUGACCAAAACAAGGCCGUGCUGGGCGCAGCCAGCACAGAGUAAAGAACCAAAACACGGCCCGGGCGACUGAUCUUCCCCAGAGAACACCGCAGCAGCACAACAAAGGACGGCUCUGGGUGAGCCGUGGAGAGCAGGCUGGAUUACAGUGGAGAACGCCAGAUCCUUGUCUGCAGCCUGCAAGCUACAAAAUAUUCAGCUGUUUUGUUUCUUUCAUCUGUUCUCAGGGUCAUGUUGCAUCUGGAAAGACCGCCCCGUCUGUGGCUCCUCCCCCUCUCCAGGACUCACCUGUGAAAGCUGCUGCUGCAAACACAGUCACUCCCACCACCUGACGGCGCAGGACCGAGACGGACUCGCAGAAAUUCUGACUCCCCUUUCUGAUCCUGCAGAUCUGCAGUGGACACCAUGGCCUCCACGCUCUCCAUGCGCAGCUACUCUUUGCGUCCGCCCGGCUUGUCCAGCGUGUCCAUCCGGGACGGGGGGCGAAGCCUCCGGGCCAAAGCCCCCGUGUCCCCUCUGUCCACCGCCAGCCCACUGUCCCGCUCCGUCUCGGUGGGGAACGGCCUCAACGUCCUGGGCUCCACCUUCUCCAGGAAUGGUCUGGGCGCCAGUGAUAAGGAGACCAUGCAGGUCCUGAACGACCGGCUGGCCAACUACCUGCACAAGGUGCGUUCGCUGGAGCGGUCCAACGCCGAGCUGGAGGUGAAGAUCAAGCAGCUCAUGCUGGAGAGGACCCCCAAGGGUCACGACAUCGAGAGCAUGAUGGCGCAGGCGCACGCCAUCGGGCAGGAGGUGAGGAAGAAGUCUCUGGAGAAUGCUCGCAUCAUGCUGGAGAUCGACAACGCCAGGCUGGCAGCUGACGAUUUCAGGGUCAAAUGGGAGGCCGAGGCGGCACUUUGUCAGUCCGUGGAGAGGGACUGUCAGGCCCUGAAGAGAGCGAAGUCGGACCACGACCAGAUCAUCGCCACGCUGCGAGGAGACUUGGACAGUCUGAAAGAGGAGCUCUACUUCCUCAAAAAGAAUCACGAGGAGGAGAUGAACUCUCUGAAGUCCAACCUGGUCAACGAGCAGGUGAAGGUGGAAGUGGAUGCGACUCAGGGGCCCGACCUCGGGGCCGUCAUGGCUGAACUGAGGGUCCAGUAUGAGGGCAUCGCUCGCAAGAACAAGGAGGAUGCUGAGGCGUGGUACCUCAAGAAGGUCGACGCGGUUCAGUCGGAGGUCAAAGAAAACAACGAGGCGCUGCGCUGCGCCCAGAGCGAGCUCAGCGAGAGGCGGCGCUUCCUGCAGGCUCUGGAGAUGGAGCUGGACAGUGUUCGCAGACAGGUUGGCGUGUUGGAGGGAAACCUGGGGGAGACGGGACACAAAUACACGGUGGAGAUGGAUCGAAUUCAGACCAACCUAAUGCAGCUGGAAGACGAGCUUUCUCAGCUGCGUUUGGACAUGCAACGCAACAAAACGGACUACGAGCAACUGCUGCGCAUCAAGCAGAACCUGGAGAUGGAGAUCGCCACCUACAGGAGGCUGCUGGAGGGGGAGGAAAUGGUGAAAGAAACUCCUCCGCCUCCCAAAAAGGAGCCCGAUGUCAGGACCAGGAAGAUCGUGAAGGUGGUCACUCAGACCAUGAUCAACGGGAAGGUGGUGGGCGAGUCCAGCGAGGUGGAGCAGAUCGAAGAGGACAAAAAAUGACAGAGAAAUGAAGUUUGUUUGUGGAGUCCAAACCAUGCCUUUUCCUGAUCAGUCUUUGACAUUUGACGGCAGUUUUUGGGGGUUAAUGUUUAUCUGUCAAUUACAGCUUUUCAAUAAAGAUUUUAACUUUUUAAACAAAUCCUUAAAGUUUUUUGGGGAAAAAGAAUUGCUGUCAAAUUUGUCUAAAUUUGUCUAAAUUUAAGUUUAAUUCUUCACAAAUCAUGAGUGUGAGUGUUUAAUCUGUAUGGACUCAACUGAUGUGACAAACAAUAGAAAUAAAAACCAAUU